UUGUGUAGUUUCUUAGUUCCUUAUUGUAUUAGAAAAGCGUGCAUUUUUCAGAUUUGUGUUAUUUGCUGUACUAGAGAUUGUAAAAUGAAGAAUAAGCCCACGAGACACAAGGAACGCAACACAUUUAAGUUCCAGCCAUUUUCGGAGCGCAUAGCAAAUAUUGACAUUGAUGUAUUCCACCGCGUCAGGCAUAAGUUUGAGGAUGCUGAUGAGGAUGACACAUACAUGCACCAGUGUCUUCAAAAAUGGAAUGUUUUAAACCUGACCGAUAGUUAUGAUAACUUUAAAAGGGAGCUCCCGAAUGUUCAAACGUUACCGCUUAUUUUAAAUCAAAAAGAAGUGAUUGUUGCAGUAAUCUUGAAACACCUUGCAGCAAAGGAUCCGCUGUCAUUACAACCUAUUUUGGAGUUGGUUGUGGCUCUUGCACAAGACCUUCGUCAAGAGAUUUAUCCUUUUUAUCAGGAUAUUUUACAAAAAUUAAUUCCUUUGCUGUCAAGCAAAGAUGCUGAUCAAUUAGAGUGGACAUUCAAUUGUUUGGCUUACUUAUUCAAAUUCUUGUGGCGAUAUCUGGUAAAAGAUGUGGAUGCAGUUUUUGAUAGCCUGAUUCCUCUUCUUGGAAAUUCAAAGCCACCUUAUAUAAAUAAUUUUGCUGCUGAAAGUUUUGCUUUUAUUGCACGCAAAGUCAAGGACAAAACAGGAUUCCUUGCUUUAAUUUUAAAAACACUCCAAGAAAAACCAGAGGGAGUUUCAGGUUGUGGUCGUUUGCUGUUUGAAGUUAUUAAAGGUGUGUCUGGCCAGUUCCAUAGCUGUGCCGAAACAAUAUUACCUUUAUAUAUGAAGUCAUUAAACAAUGCUGCAUUACCACAGGACUUGUUAUUUGAUGUGUUAUCUCAUUUUAUGACUGCCCUGACCAGUGGAACCCACCCACAGAAAGCAAAUACUUUGUGGACUGCAUUAUUUGAAACAUUGCAGUUUUUCCAGUCAUCUUGGUCCACUGAUCGCAGUCAGCACAAUGAGAAGGCUUUGCUGUACCUGUUGAAACUUUUUUAUCAGUUAGUUCAGCACAAAAAUGGUGUCUUUAUUGUGGAUUCAGGACUGACAACAAAACAUCUGAUUAAUAUUUUAGAGAAGCACAGUCUUCCAGAUAGUGUUUUAUCAGUUGUUCUAGACAUAGGGGCAUGCUUGCUUCUUUCUUCCCAGCUAAGACUUUCUCAAGAACACGCUAGUUUGCUUUUACUGAAGAUUCUUGGCGUGCCACGUCCCACUUUGUGGUUGGAAUUCACUCGCAAGAUAAUGACGUAUUCAGGGUUUGACACUCUGGUUUUACCGCGUCUUCUCCAGUACUGUAAUUCUUGUUUGCCAUCAAAUGAGGAUUGUCACCGAGUCUUAUAUGUUUUAACCCAGCUGUUAUUAUAUAAGGCUCCUCUUUGUGCUUCUGGUUGUGAUCUGGAAAAGUGGCAUGUGUAUCCACUCAACUUUGCACAGUUUGAAAGGUUAAAAACUCGCCAGUCACUUGUGAAAGCAACAUUCUGUGAUUUUGUUAUUGACAUAUUACAAUUUAAAACAGCUGAAGAAUUGGCUUCCCAUUUUGAAGACUGUGUUUGUGCAUUGAUUUGUCUUCCUCAUCUGAUUCCUCAAAAGACAGAUGAGAAAUUUAUAAGUGCUCUCAUUCAUUUGGCAUUCAAAUUUUUGUCUCAAAGCUCUGUUAACAACAACAGCACGGAAGUAUCAGAGGAAGAAAGAGGAGAAAUGUCAAGAGAUGCUCAAGAGUUUGCCACUCCACAGAGUAACAUAUUAAAUGAGGAGCAACUAUUGUAUUUCAUCUGUCUUGCUAUAGAAACAAUGGUACAUAUAAUGAGAGGAGACAAGCUGGAAGAUAUCUUGAAACUUGAAGUAAUAGAUGACUUAUUACCAUAUGCAUGUAAACCAAGGUUUGUAAAUGCAUUGCGAGCAAUUGACAUAUAUCUAACUGCAAUCAAUAUUAGUAAAAAGGAUGAUGAUGUCCGUCUUACACUCCUGAAAAAAUUACAUAACAAACUGGAAAGGAAUCUUUCUUCACCAUUUCACAAGGUCCGGUUCCUUACAGCCCAUAUAUUUACUCUAUUUGAAAGUGAAUCAAAAGAGUCUGAAACAUUGAAUAACAAUGUUCCAUCAUCUGUCUUCCAUCUUUGUUUCACUUCAGAGUCGAUACCACCAACUGUUCAAGAUUAUAGACAGAAAUUGCAACAUAUGCAGAAUUUGGAAUAUGAAGCUACAAGAGUUUCUCUGUCACAGAAUUGUGACUUUAAUAAGGUUCCACUACACCACCUGCUUGGCACAUUGUAUAUAAAUUUUCAACUUUUGUGGGAACCAACUGGCAAGUUGAUUUCUUCGUAUGCUCGAGGAAUGCAACUUUCAGACUUCUGGUCUGUCUUUGGUGACCAGUUAAGAUUGGCUGCAGUUCACAUAAAAGCUCCCAUGAAGACUGAAGAUUUAACUGAAAGCUGCUCUUUGUUCAAAAAUGAAUUUCUGCAGUUGUCAUAUGUGUCUCUGAAUGAGAUGAAUGAUAAGCCUGAUUAUGUAAAUUACCGCAUUUUGCUUUGGAAAACAUUUGCAGAAUUCCCAGAAAUAUGUGAAGUAAAAAAUAAGGAAGUAUCUCCAAUUUUCCUCUCUUUCGUGGAGGAUGAAUUUUUUAGAACAAAUGCACAGGAAGCAAAAACUGUGAAUAUUAAAAGAAAAGAUACAGCGUUGCAGACAGAUACACUGACAAAUGAGAAUGAAAGCUCAGGUGACAGUGAAGAAGAACCAGAAGAAGCUGUGAUUCAUCAAGAAAUAACUUUUCCAAAAGAAAGAACAAUGACUGCUAAAGAGUUUGUGAGGACUCUUGCUGCACAUAUGAGUGUCUUUGCAAAACUUCGGAAUCCAAAAGCAAUUUUUAGAGAAUCAGAGUUAAGUAAGUUGUAUUAUGAUCUGCUGAUGCACAAAAAUAAUGAUGUCCAGAAGCUGGCACUCAGCUGCUUGCUUACAUAUAAACACAAGUUUCUUCUUCCAUACCAGCCUAAUUUGUUCAACUUGUUAGAUGAUAAAACAUUCAAAAGCGAAAUAACUAUGUUUCGCAUUGACAAAGAAAGUGACGUAAUUCAAACUGAACACCGUGAGAAACUUAUACCUAUAAUUAUGAGGAUAGUCUACAGUAAAAUGCUGACAAAAACUGGUUCAAAAUCUACAGGCAAAGCAGCAGCACAGCUACGUCGAUCUUUAGUUUUGAGGUUUCUGGCUGGCUGUCAUGAGAACGAACUGAUGAUAUUUGUGCAAAUGGCUUUCAAAAAUUUAAUGGACCACCUAAAAGAUGACACUACUGAAAUGAUUACUACUAUCGAUAAAUCACUAAAUUUGGAAUGUGCACCUAAUCCAAAACAACUACAAAGUUCAGUCAAUCUUUUGGGUGUAGUGUUAGACAAAUUUGGAUCACUUAUGGGACAACAGCUGUUACCAUAUGUAUUAAGAGUAAUACUGUGUGUUGGUGCCAUAGUUAAGGGAUUGUUAGAGAGGAGAGAGAUGAUAUUUCCUGCAUACAUUCCUGCCCUUCGUACUCUUCGUAAUAGUUGCACAGCGGCUCUUAUUCGCUUUUUCUCACAAUUUGAUGAGUUCAUAUGGUCUCCAACUGAAAUCGAUACUGUAUUUGAAGUGUUUGUUUGGCCAUCAUUAGAACGUUUACCAACAGAGGGAGUCCAUAGCCCAACAGCACUUCUUAAAUUAUUUAUAACUUGGAGUCACAAUGCCAGGUAUUUUGUGCUGUUUGCAAAACACUUAAGAGGCAAUCCACAUGUAAGUCCAUUACCAUAUAUUAUGAAGCUCCUGCUUGGAGAAAAGACACACAGUUCUGUACGGAUUGGAAUCAUAGAAAUAGUGGAGAAUUUGUUAACGUUACAAGAUCAUCAAAAGCAACAAGAAGACAACACAAAAACUGCAGAAGAAGGAGGAAAAUUUGUGCCUCCAUUGCAAGUCAAUUUUGUGCUUCCAUUAGAUGAGGAUGUUGUUUCACAAUUAUCAUUGAACUAUGGGAGUGGCCUGCUGUUGCCACAUGUUCCAGCAAUACUAGAACAUUUGAAGCGCAAGCUGUCAUCAUCAAAAGCAGGCCUUGGUCACCGUGAUUUAGAAGUGCUUGCAAGAGUAUCGGAGCUGGUGCAUGACCCAUCAACGAGUGAGCUCUUGCUGCAACUGUUAUUACCCACACUUAACAGAAAAGCAUCUGCAUCUGAAGAAACUGUGAUUCAACUUUUCACAACUAUUACUAAUCUUGUCAAGAACAUUGCAUACCCAUUGAAAUACCUCAGGUCAUUAGCACCAUUAUUUGGUACAGUCUCUGCUACCGCUCCACGAAAACUUCUCUGUGAUUUGGUAAUGGCUAUUGCAGAAAGAGAUUUAAAGGAACAGAAAAGUGAUGUGGUUAUUAAUGCUCAACUUUUAAUGGAAAUAAAUGCAUGGGAUGCCAGAUGGAUUGAACAACCAGAUUUCAACAGGCGUCUUGAUGGUUUUAAAAGAGUCAAAGAAAUGUUAUCUGAAGGGAAAAUCAACCUUGACUUUGGUGUGAUGAUAAUUAACAACUGUUUCCACAUCUUAAAAUCAGAAAAGGACAUGUCUCUUAGAGAUAGUGCUGGAUACUGCCUACGAAAUUUGGCACCUGUUAUGUGUCACAAACAUUCAGACAUCUCUGCAGAAAGAGAAUUUCUCAUCAGUGACACCCUCCUAAACUUGAUUAGGCAGGGGAUAAAAGAUUUUAAUGAAGUAGUUAGACACGAAUCAUUAUGCUUACUUGGAGAAUUGGUAAAUAUAAUUAUUAUUUGUCAACUGUUUUUAUCAGCUUACCUGCUUUUUUUAAAUUUUUAUUCCUUACAUGCCCUUAACUUACUGUGUCCACUCACUAGUACUAAGAGAGAGACUGGAAGACGAACAAUGAAAUACGGGAACUAUAAAGUUCAGUGGAGCAGGUCAUUUACGAUUUAUGGAAAAUUAUGCACCAUUGGCAGAGUAGCUAUACUAAAUUUAUCAGGCUAUACACACUUUAGUAUAGGAAAUGUCCUCAAAAAUACAUCAACCAUAUAUUUUAAAAGAACAAACUUGUGCAAAAUUGAAACUAUAUGUAUUUUUUUAGAAUCUUAUGGAGUGUAUUCCCAUCUGCUGUAUUAUGAGAAACCAUUGUUUAGGUUCUGUACAAAUAAAUCACAGAAAGCAAUACUCUAUUACUUUUCUGGAAAUAUACAAAACAAAGCACUUCUAGAGGUGACCAGUACAGUACUUCGGAAGAUUUUUAUGAGACUGUGCACUUUCCUGAAGUCUCGUAUGGACAGUGUGCGUCGUAUUGCAAGAGAAAUUCUCCAGAAGAUCAUGGUGACACUUGGACCAUCCUACCUCAGUGUCUUACUAUCUGAAAUGUCAUCACUUCUCACAAAAGGAUUUCAAGUGCAUGUCCUUGUUUACACUGUUCAUUCAGUUCUUGUUGUUAUGAAAGAUAUGUUCCGGGCUGGCGAUGUAGAUAACUGUCUUCAGUCCAUACUUGAGUAUUAACUUUGCAAAUUGGAUUUGUUUGGAGCUUCUGCAGAGGAAAAAUCUGUUUCACAGAUUACUGCAAGGUUUUUCGAGGCGAAGUCUACUAAAAGUUAUGAUAUGUUUCAUAUUGUGUCGCAGUGUAUAAGUGAAAAAUGUCUCACUGAUCUGUUGUUGCCCCUUAAAGAGGUAUUGGUUCAAUCACAUAAUCACAAAAUUGUGAACAAGGUUUCUGAGUGCUUGCGACAAGUUGCAAUAGGAUUAUCAGAAAAUAAUUUCGUCCCUGCUGAAUCUCUCGUUAUAUUUGUGUAUGGAGUCACAUCACAGUCAAUUCCUGAACUGUCACCUGAGCUAAAGAAGGAAGAAAUUUUUGAAACUCAGAAAGAAAAAUUAUCAAUUCAGAGGCCAGAUUCAUUAAUUCCUGAAGCACCUAGAAGCCGGUCUGGGGCUACAAAUGUGAAAGCAAAGACUUCAUCAACUAAUGCCCACGUGCUGGUAGAGUUUGGUCUUAGACUGUUUCAUAUACUUCUAAAAAAGGAGAGGCUGAAGUCACAAUAUUAUAAGCAAUUGGAUCCUAUGGUUUCUAUUUUACAUGACUGUUUGAGAUCUCAGCAUGUCAAGAGAAGCACACAAGCUCUUCAGUGUUUGUCUUGGAUCCUUAAAAUGGAUCUGCCUAGUAUUAAAACUUAUGGGAAAGAAUUGACUACAUCAAUUUUUACUAUUCUUCAUAAGUAUGCAGUUUCGGGAAUAAGCAAAGGAGAUAAUUAUGACUUAGUAGCAGCAGCAUUUAAGGCAGUGACAGUGCUGGUUCGUGACGUGGAACAAAAUGUCUUGAGUUCUGACCAGCUGAAAGCUUUGUUACUGUACGCAGAAAAGGAUAUGCAUGAUUAUCAGCGACAGGCAACAGCAUUUGGAUUGUUGAGAGCAAUUCUGGUACGCCGUUUCAUUGUGUCUGAAAUUCCAGAAGUAAUGCAGAAAGUUGCUGCUCUUAGUAUAACAUCUGAACAUUCCCAUGUACGGAUGCAGGCAAGACAGGUUUUUCAUCAAUACAUUAUGCAUUAUCCAUUGGGAAAGAAGCUUGAUCACCACUUGUCAUUCUGUUUUGCACAACUGAGAUAUCCAGUCCAGUCUGGGCGUGAGUCUGCUCUGGAAAUGUUAGAAAUGAUUGUAACAUCAUUUCCACAGGAGAUGCUGGAAGAACAUAGUGCACUGUUUUUUAUAUCUGUUAGUCCACAACUCGUAAAUGAUGAGUCACCAGACUGUAGGAAAAUGGUUGCAAAAUGUAUCAAGACAAUACUGGAACGUUUAGGAAAGAGUGGUCGUAAUAGUCUCUUUGACAUAGUCAUGGUGUGGCUUCAGGAACCAAAGGUGAAACAUCGACAGCUGGCUGCACAGCUUUGUGGCUUAUUUGUUCAAGCUGAAAAGCAAGAAUUUGAAACCCGUUUUCAAGUAGUGCUGCCAGUUCUGUUACAGCAGUUUGGUAGAGGUUUUGAAGAUAAUCGACCAGGUAGAUUUGUUCGCGUUGUUCCUGCAGCAUCGGAUGCUAAUAGUGAAACUAAGAAGGAACAGAAGCAAAUAAGGAAUGAUCACCUGCUUUUUCAAGUACUUCAGACCCUCCUAAAGAUAUGUGAACAUUGUCCAUCUUUCCUAAAGAGCAACAAUUGGAAGUAUGAAGUUGAAGGUUUUGCAGAAAAUGCAAAGUUGCUGCUAUCACAUGAGCAUGAGUGGGUCCGUCUGGGGGCAGCACAGUUCCUGGGCUUUGUCUUUGGUUCACUUGACCCACAAAGAUUGGCCUUUCAUGUGUGUAAAAAGACUAACAGUGAUGAGGGAAAUUAUAAUGGCUGUGGUUUCCUGAACAAUUCUGGAAAACUUAGAUCCCUAAUAUUGGAUCUGUCUGCCCAACUGCAACCUGUUGAAAUAUCAGAUGACUUUGUUGAACAGGUGGUUAAAGAUUUGGUUUAUUUGGCGAGGGUCAUAAAAUAUUUAGAGGAAGAAGAUGUUCCAGAAGUCGUAGUAUUUGGUUCAGAGCAACAGAUGUCAGAUGAUGAGGAACAAUAUAAAUCAAAAUUAUCUCUUGUAUGGAUGAUUCGGCGAAUGAGAAGAAUUUUAAAUAAUGAGAUAAUAUAUUCACCACAAUCCACUACACUGCAAAAGGCUGUUUUCAAAUGGAUUGGAGCUGUGGCAGUCGAUCUGGGGAAAGAAAAGCUUCCGUUGUACUUGCAUCAUCUUCUUCCCCCUCUGGUCCGUGUGCUAACAAGUUCUGAUGAUUCAAAUUCUGAACUACGUCGCCUAGCUAAAGAAGUAGCAGAUAUAAUUAAGAAGAAAGUGGGUACAGAUGAAUACACUCAUCAUUUUACAAAGCUUCAGAUGUCACUAACUGCACGUCGAGCUGACAGGAAAAAAAUCAGAGCUCAAGAGGUUGUGACAGAACCACAGAAGGCUGCAAAACGAAGAAUUAAAAAGCAGUUAAAGAGGAAGGAUAGCAAAAAGAAGAAGAUAAGUGCCUUUAAAGGAAAACCAGUGAAGAGAAAACACAGUGAUAAACUAUCCAUUGAUGAAAUUAUAUAAGUUUUAUGUAACAUGUGCAUAAAUUUUGUAUAUUUCCAGAAAAUUUUGAAUAUUAAGUAUCUGUAAUGUAAAUAAGUCAUUGA